UUCACAUAUCACCCCAAAACUCUAGCUAAUUAGUCUUAAAAGAUGACGAUGAAUAAGUUAACUCAAACAUCAUCAAAGCUAUUAACAGCUUUCAUUUAUGUACGCUUUUUAUGCCUAAACAACUCCUUCAAAUCCUUAACAUUAGUUGCUGCACAAGCCCAAGCAGUGCAAGUGAAAGUAGGGGUUGUGUUAGACAAGGAAAGCAUGGAAGGGAAGAUAGGAUUAAGCUCCAUAAACAUGGCGAUUUCGGAUUUUUAUGCUGCUCAUCCUCAGUUCAAGACUAGGAUUUUUCUUCAUGUUAGAGAUGUGAAACAACAUGAUAUUCUUAUGCCUUCUGCUGCUGCAUUGGAUUUAGUGAAGAAUGAACAAGUUGCAGCAAUCAUUGGACCACAAACAUCAGCAGAGGCUCAAUUCAUUGCCAAUCUUGGAGAAAAAUCUCGAGUUCCCAUUAUUUCCUACUCCCUUACAAGUCAUUUCUUGUCACCUUUACAAAACCCAUAUUUUAUUCGAGCUACACAAGAUGAAUCCACCCAAGUACAACCCAUCAGUGCCCUUAUGCAAGCUUUUGGAUGGAGAGAAGUUGUUCCUAUCUUUGUUGCUGAUGAAUAUAGUAGUGGGAUAAUACCUUUGUUGGCUGAGGUUUUGCUAGAGGUUGGGAUCCGAGUCCCAUACAAGAGUGUCAUUCCAUCAGCUGCCACUGAUGAUCGAAUCGAAGCAGAGUUAUAUAGGUUGAAAUCUAUGUCCACUCGUGUCUUCUUAGUUCACAUGGAAGCUUCUAUAGGAUCUCGGUUGUUUUUGAAAGCAAAAGAGAUAAAUAUGUUGGAUGAAGACUAUGUUUGGAUUGUCACGAACACGAUGGCCAAUGUCUUAGAGUCUUUGGAUCUUCCUGUAAUACAGUCUAUGCAGGGAGUACUAGGGAUGAAGACUUAUGUACCCAAAACAAAGGAACUAGAAAAUUUUACUGACAGAUGGCAAAGGAAAUUCCAGCAAGAAAAUCCUGCAGUACUAAAUGCUAGAAUGAAUGUUCAUGGACUUUGGGCUUAUGAUGCAACUAUUGCUCUUGCUAGAGCUGUGGAAGAAGUGGGUGUUACUAACUUCACGUUUCAGCAGAGUGCUAACAAUGCAGCCAGUUUGUCAACUGAUAUAUCUGAUAUUCGAGUCUCCCGAUUUGGUUCACAGUUGCUCCAAGCAAUUCUAAGAUUAAAAUUUGUAGGUCUAAGCGGAAACUUAGUUCUGGUUGAUGGACAGCUUCAAUCCUCAACCUUUAAGCUUAUAAAUGUGGUGGGUAAUGGAGGAGAAGACAUUGGUUACUGGAUGCCUUCUAGUGGAUUUGUUAAGGAGCCAACUUCAGCAAAUAACAAUGUAUAUAACACUUCAAAUAUUGUCCUUAAGUCCAUUAGAUGGCCAGGAAAUUCUUUUGUUCCGAAAGGCUGGGUAGUUUCACCAAAUGGAAAGAAGUUGAGGAUUGGAGUUCCAAUAAAGAAUGGCUUUCUUCAAUUUGUGAAAGUCACUCAAGAUCCUAACACCAAUAUAACAAAAGUUACUGGCUACUGCAUUGACAUAUUCGAUGCUGUAAUGAGCAAACUACCGUACUUGGUUCAUUAUGAGUAUAUCCCUUUUGGCGAGCAUGGUGGCCAACCUAGUUAUGAUACAUUGGUAAAUCAAGUCUACCAGAAGAAGUUUGAUGCAGUGGUGGGAGAUGUAACAAUUAGAGCAAACAGGGUAUUGAAUGUAGAUUUCACAUUUCCAUAUACUGAAUCUGGUGUUGUAAUGAUUGUACCUACAAAAGGCAAUAACAGAAUUCGGGCGUGGCUCUUUAUCAAACCCUUGACAUGGAAUUUAUGGGUUACAACUUUUUGCUCCUUCAUUUUCAUUGCAUUUGUAGUUUGGGUGCUUGAACAUCGGAUAAAUGAAGAUUUCAGAGGACCACCAGGGCACCAGGUUGGGACAAGCUUAUAUUACUCCUUCUCAACAAUGGUUUUCUCACAUAGUUUUAAUGUGUUUAGCAACCUCACAAGAGUUGUGGUGAUUAUUUGGGUUUUUGUGGUGCUUAUCCUUAUACAAAGCUACACUGCCAGUUUGGCUUCCUUGCUGACAGUGGAACAGCUUCAACCUACCAUUCGAGACGUAAAAGAGCUUAUAAGAAGCGGGGAAACUGUAGGGUAUCAACAAGGCUCCUUUGUCAAGCAACUACUAAUACAAAUGGGCUUCAAUGGCUCAAAAUUGAAGUCCUAUAACGCUACACAUUACUUGGAUGAACUUAUGACUAAGGGAACAGAAGGAGGGGGUAUUUCAGCAGCAUUUGAUGAACUUCCGUAUGUGAAGGUCUUUUUGGCAGAAUAUUGCUCCAAGUAUACUAUGGUUCCACCUACAUAUAAGGCUGAUGGCUUUGGAUUUGUUUUCCCAAAAGGUUCUCCUCUCGGAUUAGAUGUCUCCCACAAAGUGCUAACUGUGACAGAAGGAGAAGAAAUGAUAACUAUUGAGAAUAAGUGGUGUAAGAAAAACAACUGUCCUGAUUCAAAUGCGUCAUUGUCUUCUAAUAGUCUUGGUCUCGAGAGCUUUUGGGGCCUAUUUACAAUCGCGGUAGCUGCAGCAAUGUUUGCCCUUAUCAUAUCAUUGGCUAACUUCUUUAAAGAGCAUAGGAACAUAUGGUCUAAUCAGAGUUCCUCAGUUUGGAGUAGAAUUAGAACAUUGUUCAGGAUUUAUGACCAAAGGAAUCUCAGCUCCCACACAUUUAGAAAAAGUGAACCGAGAGAUCAAAGCUCUCUUGGUACAUUAUCAAACAGUCCAUGUUUGCAAAGUCCGUCAAGCUAUUGGAACAAUUCUGAAAGAGGCUUCAGUAAAUUUGAAGGACAAUCAACUCCAUCAUCAGAGAAUAUUGAUCCAAAUUCAAGUGGGAUUGAAACACCCGAGGGUACUGCUAAAUGCUGAUACAUAUGCUCUGAUUUAGAGUAAAAACGACUAGAUAAGUGCAGCGACCUCUUGUAUAUAGAGUAUGUUGGAAUUAUGGUUUAUUAGGUUGUUAGUUGAUUAGUUGUUAAGAUUUAGUUUGUUAUAAUUGUAGUUACUUAGUAGUAUAAAUACA